UUGGUUGUUUAUGUUUUCAGGUUGGAGGGUAAGGUUGCAAUAAUCACAGGGGCAGCCAGCGGAAUUGGUGAGGCCGCUGCAAAGUUAUUUGCUGAGAAUGGAGCUUUUGUGGUGAUUGCAGACAUUCAGGAUGAGUUGGGUCAUCAGGUUGUUGCUUCAAUUGGCCCAGAGAAAUCCAGUUACUUCCAUUGCAAUGUUAGAGAUGAAAGGCAAGUGGAAGAAACUGUGGCCUACGCAAUACAGAAGUAUGGCACCCUGGACAUCAUGUUCAGCAAUGCAGCCAUUACAGGCCCCAUUGGCUCUAUCCUUGAAAUGGACAUGGAUGGCUUUGACGAUACCAUAGCUACAAAUUUUCGAGGACCCGCAUCAACCAUCAAGCAUGCGGCUCGAGCAAUGGUGGAAAAGCAAGUACGCGGUUCCAUCAUUUGCACAGGGAGUGUCUCUUCAACACUGGGGGGCUCUGGGCCUCCGGCAUAUACUGCAUCCAAGCAUGCUGUGCUCGGCCUUGUCCGAUCAGCUGCUGAUGACCUAGGGCAGUAUGGGAUCAGGGUCAAUUGUGUUUCUCCUUUUGCAGUUGCCACGCGCAUGUCAACCGGCAUGUACAAUGUAGACGCAAGUAUAGUGGAAGCAUCAGCUUCUUCAUUCUCACAGUUGAAGGGAAUUAUUUUGAAGCCACGACAUGUAGCUGAGGCUGCUCUGUUUCUUGCUUCAGAUGAAUCAGCUUAUGUAACUGGACAUAAUUUAGCUGUUGAUGGAGGGGUUAGUGUUCUAAGUACUACUAGGUCCAGACUCAGGAAAUAA